AUCGCCCGCUUUUGCUCGUAUUCAUCACUUGGCUGUAAAUGCAGGCUCCGAUCGAAUCUACAUUUAGCAGCCAGUGUUAUUAAUAUUAUUUUUAAAUUAGGUAAAAAAUGGCAAUGGACACGUUAACUCGGGUUUUAAUAAGUGUUUUAUUUCUAAUUUCAAAAACAAAGGCGGACCGUUCUUGGUUGACUGUAGACGAUUUAGAGAAUCACAUUCGCAUUGAAGACCUGCGGGAGUUUAUCAAUGUGUACAACACGACCACUACGUCUUCCCCAGUGGACUUGGAUUAUGCGGCCUUUGAAGAGACCACGACAGCAUUGCCGGUCCCCAACAACGUGGACUGCUUCGGCCUGGGCUCCCUGACUCGCCAGCUGCCCUGGAUCUUCAACAUGAAGCCAGACUCCUCUGAUGACGUCAACACGCACUUCUACUUCUCCUCCCGGGGAAUGCCGCAGAAAGUGCAGGUAUAUCCCGGAGAUCAGUUUGGUCUGGAAUGGGUAGACUUCAAGCCGUCCAGAAGAACAGUGAUGAUCUACCACGGGUUCAUGAGCCACAGCAACGCGUCGUGGGUAACAGAUAUGACCAGAGCAUUAUUAGAUUGGGCAGAUGUAAAUGUAAUUGCUGUCGAUUGGAGCGGAGGCGGCGACACCUGGAAAUAUUGGAGGGCCGUGGCUAACACGCGGCGCGUGGGUUCUGACGUCACCAGAUUCAUGCGACAGUUGAUGGCGGCUUCAGGGGCAAAGAUAAAAGACUUUCACUUCAUCGGACACAGUCUGGGCGCACACAUUUCCUCAUAUGUUUCAUACCACAUCGGAGGCGUCUCAAGGAUCACUGGUUUGGAUCCAGCUCAGCCCUGCUUCCUCACAACAGAUCACACUGAGCGUCUAGAUAAAACAGACGCAGAUUUUGUUGAUGUAAUUCACACAAAUGGUCGACUGCUGAAGAAAAUUGGAUUCGGAUUACCAGAUCCUACAGGUCAUGCAGAUUUCUACCCGAAUGGCGGUAUGAAACAGCCAGGCUGCUACAAUUCUAGCAACUCCAUCUGGGCUCGACUCAUACCAGCUUCCUUCUCUAGGCUGAAGCAAGCGAUUUGCAGUCACGGGCGAGCCUACCUACUGUUCACGGAGUCGCUCAUCAAUAACAACUGUUCAUUCAGGGCUCAUCGCUGGAAUUUGACUUAUGAAGGUGUAAACGCGAGUCUAAAGGCUCUUUGCAACAGAGACGGGUCGUGUGCGGAGAUGGGCAUCAAAGCGGCGGGCGGCUACGGCCUGCCGCGGGCUAACGGGCCUUAUUUCGUUCUCACUACUGAGAAGGAGCCUUAUUGCCCUUCAGAUGACGAGGUGCGUCAUCCGCCCGCGGAUUUGCUUCGCGAUUUACGUCAAGGGUUCAGCCUUAACCAGCUUAAAAAGGUCUUCCUCACCUCCACACCAGGGUACGCAGACCCUGAAGCUAGGGACGGUGACCUGGAUAUCACCACGACUACAGAAAAAGGCUGGUUCAGUCGAUGGUUCGGUUAAAAGUUUUCUGCAAGCUGACUAUAGGAUAUCUAUAAGACAAUGAUAAGUAUUUAUAUUUGUAAAAUAAAUUAGUUUAUGAUUUGUAUGUGAUAUGAUAUUGAUAAGAAUUGAAAAUUUUAUUAAUUUAACGAAU